CCAUGGCGACAAUGGCCCUUUCAACUUUGUUCAUUUCUAUUUGCGGUUUAUUAAGCCUCACCGAGUCAAAAACAAGUCAUCUGAACUUUGCAGAAGCUGAACACAAACUCAACUGUAACUUCGAUGGUAAAACAACGUGUCAGUGGACACAGUCCACAGACGACAAGUUUGAUUGGUCGACGCGUAUGGGAACCACACCCACCGAUGACACCGGACCGGACACCGGACAUGGGGGCUCAGGGUCGUAUGUGUUCAUUGAGUCGUCUGCCCCGCGUGUUGAGAACGACAAGGCAACGCUUCUGAGUCCAGUUAUUGAUGCCUGGAACCACGAGUACAUGUGCUUCAAGAUGUUUUACUACGCUUACGGGGCCGACUUGGGCUUUUUAAACGUAGAUUUGGUCUACUCACAUUUCAAGAACACCACCAUCCAUGAGACUGGCUCCCGGCCUGCAAGUGAACAGGCUUGGAAGGAGGUCAAGUUUACGAUUUAUCCAGACGCGCCUUUUCAGGUUGCUGUCACUGGUAGCGUUGGAAACGGAUACCUUGGUGAUAUCGCUAUUGACGACAUAAGCGUGACGUCAGGCGCUUGUUAGUAUUUGCGCAUGACACAACACAUUUUGAGAAGCCCAACUCUGAAAAUAUAUGUUACUUUGUUCAA